UUUAAAGUGCAUUACUGUGUUUUUUUUGUUUUUUGUUUUUUUUGUGGUUCAUGAAAAAAAUCUAAUGAAAUAUACAGUACUUGCUUUAUCAAAAUUUAAUGACAUUAAACAGUGGCCUCCAGUGAUUUUUUAAUUAUUAUUAUUUUUUUUACAACAGAGUAAGGUGAGGUAAGAACGAUUAUCCAUUGUUUUCGAAUUUGAGAUCAUAUUUCUUUUAAAUGGACAAUUAUUUUAGUCAUUUAUUAGCUGUGAUAGCAUUCUUACAGAAACCUAAAAAACAAACAAUUGAUCAUAUCUGCAUGAUAACAACUACGUUAACCUGAACAAAACUUUCAUCUGAACCCCUCUGUUUGGUCAGUGCAUUAAUAAGCUCAACAGAAUCCCGUGUGAUUGGUUUUAAUGCACAGCGCUGUAAGAACGCGUCUGUCUCUGUCUCAGCGCCAGCCAGCACCGUAUAAUAACGGAGAUUCGUUCUGGCAGCUCUAAAUUGCUGCGCUGACUCUUGUCGUCUGUUGGUGUGUUAGGAGUAAAAAGAUGGAAAGAUACUUUUGUGACUUUCUGCCGAUAUUGAUGACAAAUACUGAAUUCACUUGCAGCAUUCAGUGUUCACAAUGGCACUGUUCAGCAGUGUAUUUAGACAGCAUUUUGCUCACUUUUUGCACAGAAGGGAUACACCAGCAGUGUGCAGCACAAGAAUGGGCUUAAAAAGAAGAGAUGUAAAAAGAAAGGUGAAGAAUGAGAGAAAUAAAUGAGGGAGGAAGUCACAGAAACAAGGCUGAAAAAGUGAGAGAGACACUCAGCCUUGAAAAGAUGAAGGAGAGAGGACAUGUGCAUCAGAAAAAAAGAGAGUCUGCCAAAUUCAGAAAGAUGCAGAGUCUAGAAAAAUUGGUGGAGGAAGUGAGCAUAGAGAGGCUGGAGAAAAGAAAAAGAUGAUGAGAAAACUGAAAGAACAAAUGGCCACUGAGCCAACUCCACUUCUUGUGGAGGUCAAACCUCCAGUGUGAUCUUCCUUCUUGAAGCCAAUAGAGGGAGAACUUCCAAUGCUUCAGAGUGUCUCUGAACACCUCACUUUACCAGCCACUCGCUUCAAGCCCCUGCCGCCAGUAACCAAACCGCCCAUGUCCACAAAAGUCAGCUCCUGCACCUGAGGAAGAGUCUCAGCCAUGUUCUCCUCUUCAAGUGGAUCCUUCCUAACCGUUGGCUGUUCCUCCACGUCCCACUCCAGCACCCGAUGAACUCUUUUCUCUCCGACCCUCCCAAACUGGUGGUUCCUCUGAGCCUCACUCCUUCACCGGAUGAAGUUGUUGAUCUGCACUGUUCUCCAAAAAGUGCCACUUGUUCUGUUCACAUAGGUAGAGUAUAAGACCAAAAAAUGGAGGUGAAGAAAAUACGGAAGGAGAAGGAGCAAAGAGAAAAGGUUGCUGCUAAACUACAGGAAUGAUCCAAAACUGAAUCAUAACAAGCACAACUGCAACUACUGCUCUUCUGAAUAAAGAUCAGGGUCUCCAACAAGCCUGCUACACCUUUAACUUACUACACAUUUCUGUGUGCAAAUAAAACUAAAAGCUGAAAAGAUGUUAAUGUUUAAACGUUUUAUAUGAUAACAAACUGAAUUCUGAACUUUUUUUUCUUUUCUUUUCUUUUUUUUUUUUUUACUUUUCAUGUGAUUUGGUAAGAGGUAAGUUCACUUGUAAAUUAUACUUUCUAUGAUGUGGAAUUAGUGGCUCAAAUUUUUGUCUUGAUUUGUAGGUCAAGCAGACUUCAAAGGAAGCACGUGCAUGUAAGAUGUUUGAUUCUUAAUAUAUCCAGUACAGCACUUGCACCUUUCUUCCCUUGCAGUUUAUUUUUUCAGAGCAUUUCUUUCCUUAGAUUAACAGGUACAGAGUAAAAAAUAGCAGUUGCAUUUUUAAUCUAAUGUCGUCUAAUUGUUUCACUGUUACAUAUUUCAUCUGCUCUGAUCUCCCUGCACGUACUGGGAAGUGAGGCUUCUAUCUUAUAGUUGAAAAGUUAUUGUGAUUAUUAUCUUGAUCAGUAACCAGUGUGAUAACACUAGAGAGAGAGAGAGAGAGAGAGAAUAAAAUAGAUCUCCUUUCUAUUUCGUGACGUUGUAUCUCAAGACAUCAAUCAAAUAGCAACUACAUUGUAGCGCCAUCUUGGUGAUGAAAAGCAUUGUGACUGUUAUUUUGUAUAACGAAAUGCAGUAUAGUUAACAUUUUUAAAAACAUAUUUUUUUUUUGCAUUUAGGAGUCUCAAAACUAAAAAAUAUAUUUGGUCUGAAAAGAUUGUUGUGUUUAAUUGGAAACAUUCGAUCAUUCUAAAGAGCCUGCUGAAAAUUGCAAGAUUUAAGAUUUAAGAAUAUCUCUGAAGAGGAGAAAUUAUAGAUAAAUAAAUAAACCGAAAAUGUAGUUUUAGGAAUAUGGAUAAGAAUUAUCAUGCAUAUUUGACCAGGCUGUUGAAUAUAUAAAGUGGGUUGGGUUAAACUGAAGAAGGUGCAAAUGGUCAAAGGGAGAGGAGGUCGAGUUGCUUCCUCCACAGCGAGCGAGUGCAAAUUCUCACUUCUUUCAGUCUCCGGCAGGGACGUCCUUAGGCCUAUUUUAAGGGGGCUGAAGCCACCCCGAAAUGUUCCUAAGCCCACCUAAAUGAUAAUAAGAGUACAAAGAGUCAUUGUGCUAUUAAGAUGAUUCACUGCAGCGUCUCUGCAUUGGUGAAGAGUGCUUUGCUAAAACUUUACUCAAAAUUGAAGAGUUGUUUUCUGAGCUGUAAGAUAUCUUGACCGAUAAACAUAUUGCAAAUAUUUCCAUCAUUGUGCUGUUGACAAGAACAAGGAGUGUAAUGUGUCGGUCAUAGAUGGAAGUCGCCAAGAGUGGAUGAUUCUAUUGUAUGAUUUGGACAACAAUGGGAAAAUAACCAGAGGUAAAGCUCAGUAUCGACAGAAGACCUACCAUCUCUUAAAGUUUUAUAUAUUUUUUAAGCAAUCAUUGAGCUAUUGAGUUUCUCUUGUGGUGUUUGUUGCAGAAUAUGUUGAGCCUGAUGCAGUCGAUCUGUGAAGUGGUUGAGACGUCAGUCAAACAGCUGGUGCUUAGCAAUGGUACAACCCUGCGUGUGAAGCUGAGUGUCACUCCAUUAACCAGCAGAAAAGUGUUACUCACAUUCAAUGGAGGAUGCAAUACGGUCUGCAGAGAGCCUUCAAUAUCAGAUCAGACAACUGAACUUGAUCACUUGGGUGUUUCAGAGAGGAAGCACUACUCCGAUGAAAACACAGGACGUAGGAAUCACUAUCUGGAUCUGGCUGGAAUUGAGAACUAUACUUCUCAAUCUGAAGGAAUCUUGAAAAUAAGGCUUAAAAAUAUAUUUAUUUUACCAUUACGUUUGAUAGUCAGGCGACUUAAUUCAACACAAUUCUCAAUGGUUAACCCAGAAAAUACCAAAUUCUUCCCACAGCCACAGAAUGGAACCAUUGAUGGUCACACUUAAGAGACUUCUUUUUUCUUUCAAGCCAUCCCAAAUCUAAUUGCUGUUUAACCUCUGUCUGUUAUUCAUGAGAGUAUGAGACAGCUGCUUCUAUAAAUAACUAACCCCCUUUUGAUUAUCCCUCUACAUGCCCUCGCUCAGCACUCUUCUGUUCUUGGGUUGACACACAUGUAUAUGUUGGUUGAAAGAGGGCAGAAGAAACACUCCACAUCUCCUAUAGGCUGACAGUUUCAAGAAGACUCCCUGAUCUUUAGAGCUGACAAACACAGCCAUGAAGAGCUUGAAGUUCGCAGCAGCUGAGGGCUUUGUUCAAUCCGGCCCAAAUGCAUGUAAGGACCUCCAGUACUUGUCAUUCAAUCUCUACCCAAUCCUCUUCAAAGCCAGCUAUCUGCGUGAAGAGGCCUCAGUGCUCCACGACUUGGUCCAGAGAUGGCCUCUGAUAGAGCUCAACCUGCGCAAACUACUGGGCAGGACAGUGGACUGUCCAGAUGAUCUCACGUCCCGCACCUGCAGGCUCUGUCUGGAGGCCAUUCUCACAGGUCUGAGGGACUAUGUGAUUCAAGCUCCAAACCUGUAUAAAAAAAUGCUACGUGUGGUGGAUCUAAAUGGUCUGCAAGACAUAGAACACCAGGUCUGUCCCUGCAGAUGGACUCUUGGCCGUUGGGCACGAACUGAACUACUUACCCGCAUGUGCUUCGAGACUAUGGUGUCCAUGCAGGCCGGGCAAGCAGCACCUUCAGCGUUUGAUGUGGAGGUAGAUGUCCGCUUGGAUGCUUUUGUUACUGGACGGAACUACGAGAUGGUGGCUCAGGCUGUGUUGCUGCACAGACAUUGCCCGUUAAAACUGAACUUCAUAAGCCUGCGUGUGGACUCACUGAGCUUCAGGAACCUCUUUUACCUCCUGAAGCUGGUGGAGUCACAUAGCCUGCAGAAGCUGGAAGUGGUGCACAAUGUACAUCUGGACGCUCCACACAUUGAGAUACUGCUCUCCCAGCUGAAGUUCCCUCAGCUGCGCUCAAUCACGCUUCCUGCUCAGACUUUGAAUGUACACAGGUUGGCUCUGGAAGACGAAGGCCUCAUGGGAGUUUUGGGUGAGCUGAUGAGCAAACUGACUGAACUGAGAGAGCUCUGUCUGGGGUUCUCCACUCUUACAGGGCAUCUGAGGAAGCUGCUGAGUCCACUGAACACUCCGCUGCAGUGUAUCGAGUUAGCGAACUGCAGUCUUAACGAACUGGACAUGGCCUACUUCGCCAACAGCCUGCACAGUGAGCACAUAGUAAAGCUGGACCUGAGUGGUCAUGAGUUAGGUGACCUCUUCCCCAACACCUUCCGGAAGCUUCUGCAUCGCUGUUGUGCCACACUCACUAGUGUAGGUCUGGAGGAGUGUGGACUGGAUGAUGACAAACUGGAUCUGCUCACCCAGGCACUGACACCCUGUCACAGGCUAGAGGAAUUGAAGAUCCUGGGUAAUCCGCUGAGCACAGCUGCUCUGCACAAUCUUUUUAAUAUGCUGGCUCUGGGUUUUCCUGCGUUGAGAUAUGUUGAGCUGCCCGUCCCUCGUGAUUGUUAUCCUGAAGGUGUAACCUACCCACUGGAUGAAAGCGAGCUAAUAAAUUACGACAGGGAGAAGUUCCAGCAAGCCAGAAGCGAACUUAUUGGCAUCCUAGAGAAGGAGGGGAAAGGACAUAUAGAAGUUUGCACGCCAUUAUUCGGAGCCUAUGAUCCUGACAUCAAUGAGACGAACAAUGAGCUGGGAGUCUCCAUGCUGCACUCCUUCAGCGGUGUCUUAGACAACUUCAUUGACACGGUCAACAGUGUUGCCCAACGGAGAGAGCAACACACGGAGUGAGACCAUUCAAAUGAAUGAGAAAUUAUAAAUUGUUAAUAGUUAAGAAAAUCUGAUAAUAUGCAGUUAUGGCCUGGAUUUUAUAAUGUAAUGUUGAAACGCUAUAGUUAUAUUUUUAUCCACAGGAAAACAUACAUUUAUGGCGGUGUAAAGCAUUAAUAGUACUUGAAUGCCAUUAAAUACCAUGCAGAAUUUAUUUGUGUGAUUGUACUUUCGUGACUGAUGAAUGAUGAACUAUUUAAGUCAACUGUAGUUAAUUUUACUGUAUGAAUGUUUGAAAAGUGUCAAAGUCACUAUGUAUUUUUAGUCUUUUUAAAGUAAUUCUGUUUUUAAAUAAAUAGCCUUAUCUUUGGA